GAUUACGAUGUUGACAUGUUAUAUCUAAAACCUUGGUGGAUUUGAAGAAGAAAACAAUGUGCUUUUGUAAAGGUAGGAGAGAUGUAUUCAUAUUUGACUUGGUUGUCUGAAAAAGUAUAGAUAUUUCGAAUUGUUGACAUGGACAAAAUCAAGAAAAACCUCUUCAAUUAUUUCAAUAUGGAACCUUGGACGUAUAAUAGUUCUGAAUCAAAUCUCUGUAGAAAGAGGAUCUUUGACUCCUGGACUCGUGGUGGCCUGCUCCAGUCCCCUUACAAAACUUUCGUUGCUGCGUUAGCCAUGCACUUCUGUAAGUCAGCUCUGAUGCAAACAACCAAGUCGAAUGUGAAAACAUCUUGCAUAAUUUACUUAAGCGUUCAUUAACAAUCGGGAGUUUGAAUGUUGUUUGUAGGGUUCCUUUUAUCAUUGAUUGUCCCUGUUAGUUCUUCAGAUUUCAAGUUGUAUCUGAAUUGGGUUUUCUAGAUCCUAAUAGGAUUACUUUUGAUCACCAAAUGGGGAUGCUAUGUAGUCGUGUUAUGACUAGAUUCACAACUCAUUGUUUCAAUACGAAGGUGCUUACAAUAUAAGAAGCAAAUGCAAAACCAAGUCUUAUGUUUCAGGCGUCUCCUUAGUACUAACCCAGAAAGGGUCAGAUGCUGGACUUAGUCCAUGUCUGACAAAAGAAAUAAAUAGUUGAAAUGGACCGCAGGCUGUACUUGUUGGCAACAAGCUUUACGAUGCAGUUAACGUGUCUAUUUCUUGUUUCGAUAUUUGAAAUCUCUCAACAGGAGGGAUGAAGAGUGACAUUAGUAAUAUGUUAUCUCCUACUACGUAUUUUAGGUUACUUAGGAUAACAGCUAGUCAGCUAUCCGCGUAACUGUUGAGCUUGUCAACAAAAAAACUAAAGACAUUUAAUUGGGUGGCUCGAUCUAUUUUAUUCUCUAAUGAACUCGAUGAGGGUAGGAAAUUUUUUCUCCACCUUCCGGUCGUUCUACUUGGUCCAAACCUUAACAUACCUUGAUCAACUAUCAAUGACUAUCAUCACCCCUCUUUCUUCAUUGAAGAAAUAUCAAGUGUAAUGGUUCUUCUUCAAAACCUUGGAGCUACUUUAGUGCUAGUUCUAAUAAUGAUCAGGAUCGGCUCUGUUAUUACUCAAGCAACAUACAGUUACCACUUCUGUUUAGGCAGUUCCAAUGACACAGCAAACACAAACUACAAAAACAACCGUAACACCCUCUUGGACUCUCUCGUCUCCAAAGCAGCCGUUUACAGCUUCUCCAACGGUACCUUCAAUGGCAUCUUCAGCCUCUACCUAUGCAGAGGCGAUGUCAUAGGUGAGCUAUGCCAGAAUUGUGUCCAAAAUGCAAGUCAAGAUGUCCAAAACAGAUGCUCAACUAAUAAAACGGAAAUUAUAUGGUACGACCAGUGCAUGGUAAUCUUUGAUGACAUUAACUUUUUCGGCUUGGAACAAACUACCCCAAGAGCUAUCCUUCUGAAUUCCUAUAACAAUACGUCACCCAAUUAUACAGACGCGGUGUUUGCUUUUAUGUAUACUUUGGUGUCAAAGGCUCCACUUACAGAUAUGAUGUUUGGUGUUGAUGCAUCGGGUGUUGGUGGUUCUCAGCCUAGAUAUGGGUUAGCGCAGUGUCGAAGAGAUAUAAGUAGUGGUGCAUGUAGCGACUGUUUGGGGCAACUGAUGAGUAACUUCGAGCAGUACUGCCAAGGGAGGAGAGGGUGGCGGAUAUUAGCGCUGAGUUGCUAUUUGAGGUAUGAGGAGUACCUUUUCUUUGCGCAACAACUGGUCCCACCUUCAUCAGAGUCAAAUGCGCCACCGCCACCUCCAAGCAACGGAAAUGGAGGAAAGAAAACAAUUAUGAUUGUACUCGGCAUUGCAUCAGCUGCUACCACAGUUGUGUUGACUCUCUUAGGCUUCUACUGCUACAGAAGGAGAUCACGAAAAGGAUCACAUAAUCAACGUCAAACAAGGACACACCAUGUGGACGAAAGUACAGAUUCUAAAGAGCAGGAACACGGAAGAGAGAUGCAUUACUUUGAUUUAAAAACCAUCAACGUUGCAACAAAUGGUUUCUCAGAUGGAAAUAAGCUUGGACAAGGUGGUUUUGGCCCAGUUUAUAAGGGAAAGCUUCACGAUGGGAAGGAAAUAGCAGUUAAAAGACUAUUGAGGAAUGCCGGGCAAGGUCUUGAAGAGUUCAAGACUGAAGUUAAGUUGAUAGUAAAGCUUCAACACCGGAAUCUUGUGAGGCUCAUAGGUUGCUGCGUUGAGGGAGAUGAAAAGCUUCUUGUCUAUGAGUACAUGGCUAACACUAGUCUUGACUCGUUUCUCUUCAAUGCUACAAAAUGUAAGGAUCUAGAUUGGGCUAAGCGUGCUAAUAUAGUAAGAGGAAUAGCAAGGGGACUUCUAUAUCUGCACGAGGACUCCUGGCUAAAUGUCAUACAUAGGGACUUGAAAGCCAGUAAUAUAUUGUUGGAUGAUGAGAUGAAUGCCAAGAUAUCAGACUUUGGGACAGCCAGGACAUUCUAUGGCAACCAAAUUGAAACCAGCACUAACAGAAUUGUGGGCACAUAUGGAUACAUGUCACCAGAGUAUGCGAUGGAGGGAUCCUUUUCCAUCAAGUCAGAUGUUUACAGCUUUGGAGUAUUACUGUUGGAAACCAUUAGCGGAAGAAAAACCAGUGACUCGACUCUCCCAGAGCACACUAAAAUGCUUUUACCAUACGCGUGGCAACUAUGGGAUGGCGGAAAAGCACAAGAGUUGAUCGAUAGAAACUUGAUCAGCAAUUGUCCAAUAAAAGAAGUCAGUAGAUGGAUUCACAUUGCCUUGUUGUGUGUCCAAGAAAACCCUCAAUUUCGACCCUCGAUGUCAAAGGUUGUUCUGAUGCUCGAAGGCCAAACAACAGACCUUCCUAAACCAUCGGAACCUCCACUCUCUUUUGGUAAAUAUACCAUGUCUCAUCAAUCUUCGUCCAGUGUGGUUGGGACCAGAUCCUUUACAUCUCCAGAACCGUCCACAGGUUCCUCCAUCUAGUACUUAACGGAACUGUUCAUUUUGGUAUACAAGCAAAAACAUCAAGAACAUACCAUCUAAGGUGAAGAGGGAAGCGACUGAACUCUAGAUCUAGGCGAACUUGGAACAAGCACCCAACCGCUUGGGCUAGCUCGAAAUUCCCAUUAACUGAUUUGUUGAAAUGGAUGUGUGCGUGUGUAAACAUCGAUCUUAGAUUUUGUUGAGUUUGUGCAUUUAUGAUAGGAAAAUUGAGCUGUGAAUUUGUCAUUUGCCAGAU